AUGAUCACCUACACAGAAAAUCCCAAGAAAUCUACCAAAAAACUCCUAGAAGUAAUAAAAAGUAGAAGUGAGGUGACGAAGGGAACGUCAUCAUUUGGAAAGCCUCACAUUAAGACGCACACAUUGCGCUGCUGCUACAGCUCUAAUACCUGCCACUUUCAGAAGUCAAUGUGUGGCAAAUGUCGCUACCCUCCCAAGCAUAAAAUAAAGUAUAACUGGAGUGCUAAGGCUAAAAGACGAAAUACCACCGGGAUUGGUGUUACUAGUUACCUAAAAAUUGUACACCAUGAAUUCAGGCAUGGACUCUGUGAAGGAAUAACACAUAAACCCAAAGGGGCAGCUGUAGCAGCAUCCAGUUCCUUUUAA